AUGGCUGAAUCUCUGCGCUUCCUCGGCUCCCUCCCCGGCCACUCAGGAUGGGUCACCGCCAUUGCAACCUCGUCUGAGACACCGGAUGUGAUCCUGACUGCCUCGCGAGACAAAACCAUCAUUGUCUGGCAACUGACGCGCGACGAGGACUCGUACGGUUACCCAAAACGCAUUCUUCGCGGCCACAACCACUUCGUUUCUGACGUCGUCAUCUCCUCUGACGGCCAGUUCGCCCUCUCCUCUUCCUGGGACCACACCCUCCGCCUGUGGGACUUGAACACCGGCCUCACCACCCGCCGUUUCGUCGGCCACACCUCCGAUGUCCUCUCCGUCAGCUUCUCUGCCGACAACAGGCAGAUCGUUUCUGGCUCCCGCGACAGGACAAUCAAACUCUGGAAUACGCUCGGGGAGUGCAAAUAUGACAUUAAGGACGAUGGACACACAGAGUGGGUGUCCUGCGUUCGCUUCAGCCCUAACGUGAUGAACCCUGUCAUUGUCUCGUGUGGGUGGGACAAGGUUGUCAAGGUCUGGGAGCUUUCCAAGUUCAAGCUGAAGACCAACCACUACGGCCACACCGGGUACAUCAACACUAUCUCCGUCUCCCCCGACGGUUCCUUGGCCGCCUCCGGUGGCAAGGACGGCAUCACCAUGCUCUGGGAUUUGAACGAGGGCAAGCACCUCUACUCCCUCGAGGCCGGUGACAUCGUCAACGCCCUCGUUUUCUCACCAAACCGGUACUGGCUCUGCGCUGCUACCGCUAGCUGCGUCAAGAUCUUCGACUUGGAGAGCAAGUCUAUUGUGGACGAGCUCAAGCCCGACUUCGUUGAUGUUGGUGCCAAGUCGCGCGAGCCUGAGUGUGUCUCGAUCGCCUGGUCUGCUGACGGCCAGACUCUCUUCGGUGGUUUCACCGACAACCUCGUCCGCGUUUGGACCGUGUCGUCGUAG